UCCACCGGGCUGUCGCUCUCCAACGACAACACCGUUCUCCGAGACAUGGCGUACUCGUUGUCUACCAGCAGUUUGUCCAAUCUCAUGAAGCCCCAGGCCCACCAACGAUCAUACUCACAGACCAGCUUGAAAAGCCCGAUACGAAGAGACAGCUCCGACCGCAAAACGUUGGUGGACCAGUUCUACUCGAUCCUGGAGAGCCAAGUGAUCCACAAGCAGGAGCUCACGACAGUGCCGUAUACCUCCAUCGAUAGAGAGGUGAAGAGCGACCCGGAGCUAACAAAUUACUUGUUAAACAUCGACACGAUUGUCAAGGAUUUGAACCACGACAAGCUCGACGACGCUGGAGAAGAAGAGCUCGGGGACGACGAACAAGGCAUAUCUUCGAAGCUCUCUAGAAACCAGGACAAAAAGCUCCUCCCGUUCCUUGAGACGUUGGAGUCGGUCAACACCGCAUUGAACCACCACGAGUUCGAACCGCACGCCCAAUCACAAGCGUCUCUAGAGCUUGAUAAACUCACGGAAAGACUCAGAGAAAUGGAGACAUCCAUCCAACAGCUUCAGCGGACUUUGAGUGAAAACUCAAGCAAAAUCACCUCCAAAUACCGGGACGAAAUCAACCACAACGUUGACCGGCUCAACGACUUGCUCUACACGUUGGAUAAUCUUGACUCUCGGUUGAACCGAGUAAAAGCCAUUACCAAUGACUGCAAGAACACUCUCACCACCGAUUUGAUGGGGGUGAUUGAAAUCUUGGAACGGGUGGACGAAAAGUUCUACCAGUACUCACGGGAAACCAGCAAGGUGCGUCUCAAGCAGCUCAGCAUUUCCUUGGCCGUGUUGGUGGUACUUGUUAGCAUAUAUAUAUAUAGAGCAACAUGAAUGUCGCAGUGCGCAAUUGCAACC